CUGUUUCUCUCCCUCCUCCACACUUUUGUCUGCUUCUGUGUCCACCUUGGUAGCUGACGAAUCGACGCAACUCGCCACGCGGAGAGCAGCGCCUUUUUCUUUCCUUGCGUUCCGCGCAUGGUGGCCGCGUGCCUAGUGGCGUGUGUUUUUCUCGAGUCUGUUUCCCGUCGGUUCUCGAAGAACUUUCUCUCCCGUUGUGUAAUGCGUUCUCGACUUUCGAUGGCAGUCACGCCGUCGAGACUCUACCCCUCCACGCUGCCACCGCCCGUCUCUUCUUACGCGAGCCGCCGUCUAGCCAUUGGUCUGGAGUCUCUCGGGAAAGCGGCGCCGGAAGGGCGUCUGGUUUCCCGCUCUCGAGUUGAACACAAAGUAUCUUUCGCUUCGUUCGCAGCCUUCAUUUCCGCGGACUUUGCUGACACACACGCCGUCGCUGGGGUGUACAUACACCCCAACAAGUUCGGCACUGCGGCGACGCAGGGGUGGCCGCACGCGGGGGCAAUGGCGGGUGUCUGAAGUUUUUUUCUUCGUUUCUCCGCGGUUCCCUCUUUCGCUUUUGCCACCAUGUUUCUCGAGGCGCCCAUUUACCACCAAGCGGCGCUCGCGAGCGUGUCCUGCGCGGUGUUGAUUUCCUGUUUCGUGUUCUGUUCGCACCUGGCGUUCGCGUAUCACACGGACGUUCCGAGCGCCGCUUGGCUGCUGUUGGCGCAUCUUCGUCGCAUGUUUUUUCCUCUGUCUUCUCCCACAUCUUCUGUCUGGCGACACUGGCCGCGAGUUCGCGAGUGUUCCGCAGCGCCUCUCCAACCGCCUCUCUACGUCUGUCGCAUCGUCCUUCUAGUUCCAGUCUACGCCUUGACUUCGUACCUCGCCUUCACCUACGCGCCUGUCCCGCCUCCGUCCUCCGCCUCAGUCGUUCUCUCGCCGCCCUUCGCUCAGCCUUUGGCGGCGACCGACGCGUUGUUCCCCGUCGCCUUGCCUCCCGCCAGCGUCGUGGAUUCUGACGAAGACGACGUCUCCGCCGAGCGCGACUUCCUCCCCAUUCUCUCGCCUGCGUCGUUUGUUUCUGCUGAUUCCUCUGCACUGUCUGCCUCUCUGUCGCCUCCCACUCGGCGCCUCUCUGCCGCCUCCGACUCGACGCCGUCUCGUUCGUGGUCUUCCGGAAGCUCAGUGGCACCCAUCCAGAGACCGGCCUUCGAGCAGCCGUCUCACACCUCCACGUCGCGCGAUCAAGCCGCGGCUGCUGGUGGUGGACAGGCAGCAGGCGCCGGCAUUGGCGGGAGACUUGGAAUCGACCUAGAGGAGGUCGAAGAGAGGACCGGCGGCCUCUUCGGCUUCGCCCUCCACGCCGUGCGAGAUGUGUACGAGGUGUACGUCCUCUACAGCUUCAUUGCGUUGGUGGUGUCUGUUCUAGGAGGCGAAGAAAGCGCCGUGGAGCAGCUGCACCUGAAGGGGACGCUUCAACACCCAUGGCCCUUUAACUUGGUCUUACCUCCCCUCGACUGUAACAGAAACCUUCUGCGGCGAAUCAAGCUGGGGGCCGCACAGUUCGUCUUCGUGAAGCCUGUCGCAACGCUUCUCAGUCUCCUCUUCAGACAGCGAGGCUUUCUCUACUUCGCAGCCAUCAGCAACAUCUCUGCAGCGGUGGCGAUGUAUGCCCUGGUCCUUUUCUACUUCGCUGUUCACCACCGCCUGCGGAGCUUUCGUCUUCUUCCCAAGUUUCUGUGCAUCAAAGUCGUCGUCUUCUUCUGCUUUUGGCAGGGGCUUGUUCUGCGGUGGCUUGUCGCUCUGCUGCUCUCCGAAUUCGAGGCGCGUCCAGAUGCAGAACGGACUAUCUUCCAGGGCCUCGCGGCGAAUCCGAAGGCCGCUGCCGUCGCGCUGCGGGUGUCGGACUGGAUGCUUUGCAUCGAAAUGCUUCCCUUUGCGAUCGCGGAGGCCUGUGCGUUUUCGAUUCGUGACUUGCGCGCGGUUGCGGCGGCGUCUCCGAACUUCGGCAGGCGCGCGGUAGGUCUCUCUUGUCAAAGUUUCUCCGCCUCCGCCGGGAGCUUUCCGCCGCGGGCGUCCGGGCGCGGUGUUUGGAGCGAGGCGCCAGAGGACCUGCGGCAGGCGAAGGGAGAGCCGAGAUUCUCCUUCUGGGGUGCGUUUCGAGGUUCGGGGAGAGCCGCGAGCCGCGACUCACUGCCUGCUUCCGCAGGCGACGAGAGCGAGCGUCAGCUGCUCUUCGCCGAAGCCGCAGACGGCGACGCGCGAGCCGGGAAACCUGAGGAAGAGUCGUGCAUGGACGCGUCUGGACUCGCUGGAGACCCAGAGCCGGCCGGCGAGCGCGCCUGCUUCUUGGAGCCUCAGGGCCGUCUAGAAGAAGCGGAAGACCCAGACUCUCUACGCCGCUCGGCGUCGGCGAAUAAACUCGAGCAACCUCUCAAACACUUCGUCAGAGGCGUACGGGACCUUCUGGUCGCAGACGACGUUCUCUGCGACGCGACCGAUGCCCUCUUCGGACGCCAGAGGUGCCGGAGGGAGUACCUGCUCGAAGAGCGGAGGCGAGGUGAAGAGACGGCGCUGGAUCACCCGGCAAGAGACGAAGACGAAGGCCGCGCCGACCGCGCAGAGCCCAGGGUGUAG